AUGUUGUUCGUUUCCAUUACUGCUGCAUUACUGCUAGCUGUGCUUGACACCCUGCCAGCAGGAAUGCAAGCCCAGGAUGCCGAGGGCUGGUACAAGGCCCAUCCGGGCAUGGCGCGUAUCAGCCAGGUGAACCAAGAUACGCAUCAAAUUGUCGAUGAAUUCGGCCGUACGCGGUUCUUCCACGGAACCAAUGUCGUGAUGAAGGAGCCACCGUGGUAUCGGCCGUUCGAGUGGGCGCCUGGUGUCUCAUCGUUUGGCGAGCAAGAUGUCCAGAAUCUGCACGCCUUAGGUCUGAACAUUGUGCGGUUAGGCCACAGCUGGGCCGGCGCAGAACCUGUGCGUGGGCAGUACAACCAGACAUUUCUAGAUAUCAUGAAGAAGCAGACCAAGUUGGCUGAGGACUACGGCCUCUAUGUUUUGGUGGACGUGCAUCAAGACGUCCUGGCGCGGCAGUUUUGUGGCCACGGCGUACCUGAUGUAAGUAGAAUGCGUGGCCCUGUUGGCACCGCUGCGACUGACAUGGCUGUGCAGUGGUUUGUGAAGGAGGACUGGGUACCGGGCUGGAAGAUGUACCCCUUUCCUCUCAAGCCAACACCGUUCCCCGUGGAUAAUAAGGGGUUCCCCUCGCCGCAGUCGCUUUGUGGCACCGUCGACUGGUCUCUGAGCUACACAUCGGCGGCAGUGUGUAAUGCAUUUGGGCGAUUGUACAACAACUACGACGGGCUGGGCGAUGCGUUCGCGGCGUACUGGAAAAAGCUGGCGUCUGAGUAUGUCGAGACGACCAACGUGGUCGGGUAUAACCUGCUGAAUGAGCCGUGGGUGGGCGACUCGAUGGCCGACCCGACCCUGCUGGUGCCAGGGGUUGCCGACCACAAGGUCCUCGAAGGCCUCUGGAACCGCGCCGCAAAGCAGAUCCGUACCGUCGACAAUGACACGCUCAUCUGGUUCGAAGGUGCCACCAUUGACAUCUUGUCGGGUUUCAACAAUGUCCCUCUUGGAGACGGCUCGAAGUCAGUCCACUCAUUCCACUACUACAGCCCACCGCAGCUGUCGUCGAUUUCUACCACACUCAACAACCGGCGCAAGGACAACGAGCGUCUGAGGACCGCCGGGGUGCUGACUGAGCUCACCUUCUGGAUGGGCGAGAAUCAGCAGAUGCAGGGCCUAGCGGACGCCAUGUCGGCGACCGACGCCCAUAUGGUUUCGUGGAUCGGCUGGGCGUACGAAAACCUGUACAACAGCACAUCUGGUCAGCCCUACCCUGAGCUGGCAAAGCACUACAGCCGAGGAUACCCUGCCGCUGUUGCUGGCACUCCCAACAGCUUCAGCUUCGAUGAGAACUCAGGCACCUUCAAGCUGCAGUUCACGUCUGAUCCAAAUAUCAAAGCACCCACUGAAAUUAUCCUGCCUCCAUCGACGUUCCCCAAUGGAUAUAAAGUCCAGGUCUCACCUGAUGGCAGCGUGCUACAAUAUGUACCCAACAAGCGUACUCUGGCCUUGUUCACAUCUAGUAGCAUCAAGAACACCAUCAACAUUUCUGCCACAGUCUCUCCUAGAUAA